ACUGAAGGGGAAAGGAACAACCAAUUUAUAGCAGAGAACAGCCCUGUCUGCUUGCCAAGAUGUCAGACAAAACACCAUUUGAAACAGACAUGUUCACCCUUAAUCGAUAUGUUAUGGAGAAGGGACGAAGAGUUAAAGGUGCGACAGGGGAACUUACCCAGCUGCUGAACUCAAUCCUAACUGCUAUAAAAGCCAUCUCUUCAGCAGUCCGAAAGGCAGGCCUUGCUCACAUGCAUGGAAUAGCGGGCACUGUGAAUGUGACUGGGGAUGAACAGAAGAAGCUUGAUGUGUUAUCCAAUUCUCUGGUUAUCAACAUGCUCCAGUCCUCCUACAGUACCUGUGUUCUGGUUUCAGAGGAGAACAAAGAAGCUAUUAUCACUCCCAAAGAGAAAAGGGGCAAAUACAUAGUGUGCUUUGACCCACUUGAUGGCUCAUCCAAUAUAGACUGCUUAGCUUCAAUAGGAACCAUCUUUGCUAUCUACAAGAAGACAACAGAAGAUGAACCCUCUGAAAAAGAUGCCUUCCAACCCGGACGCAACAUUGUCGCUGCAGGAUAUGCCUUGUAUGGCAGUGCUACACUGGUGGCUCUUUCUACGGGGCAAGGAGUGGAUAGCUUCAUGCUGGAUCCGGCUCUUGGUGAGUUCAUUUUGGUGGAAAAGGAUGUGAAAAUCAAGAAGAAAGGGAAAAUCUACAGCCUUAAUGAGGGUUAUGCCAAGUACUUUGAUCCUGCAAUGACAGAAUAUUUGCAGAAGAAGAAAUUUCCAGAGGAUGGCAGUUCUCCUUAUGCUUCCAGAUAUGUAGGCUCCAUGGUGGCUGAUGUUCACCGUACCCUUGUGUAUGGUGGGAUCUUUAUGUACCCAGCUAAUCAGAAGAGCCCAAAAGGAAAGCUUCGACUUCUUUAUGAAUGCAAUCCCAUGGCAUUCAUCAUUGAGCAGGCAGGAGGGAUGGCUACCACAGGAACAGAAGCAGUGCUGGACGUGAAGCCAGAGUCGAUUCAUCAAAGAGUCCCUUUUAUACUUGGCUCUCCAGAGGAUGUUCAAGAAUACCUUGACUGUGUACAGAAACACCAGAAAAGUAGCUAGCAGUCAUCAGAAGGUUCCCAUCUGGC